UCUCAAUACAGUGAGUCGGCAGAGGAGAGCAGAUAGAGAACUAAGAUUUACUAAAAUAACAAUUAUAUUUAUAUAUGUGGAUAUAUUGAUGUGUUCAUCCUGUCCAUAAAGGCUUUUUAGACAGCAGUAUCAUAAGAAAAGUACUACAAAUCAGACUCCUAACCAAGCCCCAAAGUUUUAUGAGAAUACCGCUACCGACUCCAGCUUGCUCCUGUUUGUGUGAAGGGUCUUUUCAUAUGCAAAAGAAGGGGGGGGGGAGUGUCUUAUUUCCCACUUGCAGUGGGCUUUCCAACUACCUUUUCAACAGAGCUAAACUGAGAGCUUCUAAGAAUUAAAUAUGAAGACUCAGUUACGUGGGAACAUGAGAAACAAAUCACUACUUCUCAUUGCCUUAAUUGGCGUCCUGGUGAUUUUCUAUGUAAAGAUGAAUUUGUUGAGCAUGGUAAAGCCUCAGAAUGAGUUUGAUGCAAUUCAAGAUGCUAAAUUGAAGCUGCUGCCAAGGGAUAAAAUACUCUCAAAAUAUUCAUACUCAGGAAUCAAGUAUUUUUCAGAUGAGUCUGCUUGUUCCUGUGACAAACAAGGAGGUAGUGUUUAUCAAUUAAAAGACUACUACAAAGAAGAUGAACUUGCUUCAGUCAGAGAAAGGAGAAAGAAAGAACUUCAGCAUUUUAAGAAGAGAUAUUGGUCAGCACAAAGACAACUUAUCAUCGCUCCACCCAACUCUCCGUUAAGCUACCCUAUUGAUGGCGUCCAGGUCUUGCCUUUUCAUACCAUUAUAAUUGAAGGGUUGAGCGUUCAUGAAGAAGGGAGACAAAACUAUGAGGUGUCUCUGUCUGCGUCUCUUGGGGUAUUUGACACUCUCCUUGAUUGUCCUGAAGAACAAGUUAAAGGCAGAGGAGACAAAACCUUACGUAUACUCACACCUCACCUGCAAGUGUUAAACCACAUCCUUAAACACAUAACGUACACCAGCACGUCGUUUCACACAAAAACCAUGGAUACAGUGAAAUUUCAGAUGGCGAAUUAUGUGGCUGCAUUUCCUGUGGAAAUAAAACAACUCCCGAUACCAAUUUUAUAUGAUUCAGGACCAGAUACAAAUUUACGAUCGCUAGUCACCAUCACCACUAAAACGUUUUUCCGGUACGACAAACUGAGGUAUCUAAUAAAAAGCAUUCGUCAGUUCUAUCCAGACAUUCAAAUCAUCAUCGCUGACGAUAACGAUAAGACAGAAAAAAUUGAUGAUCCCUAUGUGGAACAAUAUUUUAUGCCGUAUGCAAAGGGCUGGUUUGCUGGAAGAAAUCUUGCUGUAUCUCAAGUUACCACUAAAUAUUUCCUGUGGGUGGACGAUGAUGUUAUAUUUACCGAACAGACUGACAUUAAAAGGAUGGUUCAUAUUCUGGAGGAAACUGACUUGGAUAUUAUUGGGGGUGCUCUCGGCGGUAAUGACUUCAAAUUCAAAAUCUUAUACCAGAUGGGAGGCGAAGAUGGCGACUGCCUUCACAGGACAAAUGGCUACUAUCAAAAGGUUGAGGGUUUCCCAAACUGUGUAGUAGCUGGUGUAGUGGCGAAUUUCUUCUUAGCUCACACAAGACAAAUUCUGGGGGUUGGUUUUGAUCCCAAGCUCUCAAGAGUUGCACAUUCAGAGUUUUUCUUUGAUGGUUUCGGGAGUCUUCGUGUAGCUACCUGCAGCGACUUUGGAGUCGGACACCAGCCAAAAGGACUAUUGAAAACAGAUAAUGAAAGAAAUUACUCGAGAUUUAGAUAUAAUGACCAAGAACUCUUUAACUAUAAGAUGAGACUAAUGUAUUUUAAGAACAACUUGAAAUGUUAUACUCAAUAAUAGUCAUUCUGGCUGAGAUCAAAAAUUGCUCCCAUUCCAAAUCUAUCCUGUGGAGCAUAUGCUCUACACUGGUACAGACAAUGGUGAGUUAGGUUUAUAGAAUUACAUUUUAACAUCAUCAUUGGUACAUACAGAAAUAUGCCAACAUAUUUACAUUGAAGAUGACAUUGAAAAGCUUCCUCCAGUUUGGCAUUCAUCAAGGAUUUUCUUCAUGUUUGGGCAAAUAUUCCUUUGUAAUGUUUCCUUCUUCCUCUACUGACACAAAUUAUGUUUUUAGCUCAUAUUUGCACUAUUUCUGCCCAAAUAGAUUUAUACUGAUGCAGGUGAUUAGACUAAAUGUUAGUUUAGGUGUUAUUAUAAUAUAUACAUAUAUUUUUUAUUUAUUUAUUUUAAGGGUAACUUUUUUCCUAAUGAUGAACUCUGUCAGACAUUGAAAUUUACUACUGAAUUAAAGGAGAAGUACACGGGAUACAGGAGUAGUGAACACGCUUAUUGAGUAUAUCCAUAUCUUCAUCCAUGUUCUCCACUACAACACACCCAAUGUAAAUUGCACACAAUAUGGACAAAAUAUUAAAUAUUGUAUUAUUUAGUGUAAUCUGUAAACUGCAAGAGACUUACAGGUUUUAUUUUAUUUUUCUACUGCUCUAAUGUAAAGAGACUCGGGGACCAAAUAUAUAUAAGACCAACAAAGACCACUGCUCCUUAACUUAUUCGCCACCUCUGAGGUAGCGGAUAGUAAUCAGCACAAUCGGAUACGGCCGGGAUGAUUGACACCCCCUGCUAGCGGACGAUUGGCUGCAAAUGUGCAGGGGGCGGCAUUGCACAAGCAUUUCACUAGAAAUGCUUGUGCAAUGUUAAAUACUGACAGCGUAUUCUGUCGGCAUUUAGCAAUGUCUGGCAGAUCAUGUUCAAGCGCAUCAUAAUAAAUCGACCCCUUAUGUCUGAUUCACAAAGUCUGACAUUCAUUCCAAGCUUUCGUCUCAAAGUGGAGUUUUACAGUCCAAGACAGACUCAUGGGACAAUUAUAGCAAAGACACCUAGUGACAGUUGGCAAGCAUGAUCAUAGUCUAGACCUCUGGAACACUAAAAAUGCUUUUAAUAGGAUUAAACACUCUGAAAGCUGAACUAUAGAGUAUCCUACAUGCAUUUAUUGACAAAUAAUGACCACUUCUCCUGUGCUACCUUUCGGAAAUCUCCUUUGAGGACUUUUGCUCUGUUGUUUCAUUGACGUUUAGCCAGAAGUCCUCUACACCCUUAUUUAUACUAAUCCCUACCUAGAUUGUAAGCCGUUCUGGGAGCAGGGACUAUAAUGUACUGUGGAAAUGUUGACAUUCUUAUAUUGCUAUAUUAUAGUUUUGUGCUGGUAAAUUUAUAUAUAAAAAAACAAUUAUUUUAUCUCCAUAACAAUGUACCUUCAUAUCUGAAAAGAAAUGAAUAAUGCAGCUUUAUUUUGUCAUCAAAAGGUCUGCGCACACAAUAAAGGCCAGAUUACAAAUGGAA